AGGGCAGUCUGAUCAGAUGGUCACAGAUAUCAGAUACGACUACCUAGAACUAGUUCACAAGUACUAAAAAGUGAAGUAAUUUUUAUAACUGAUCAUUGGAUAAGAUCAUUGGAAACUAGAGCUACAACAUGCAUAAAUUUGGCCCGGACUACAACUAGUCACAACUUCAUCUAGUUACUACUGUGAUGGUGGCUGGGGGGACUAGCCUAGUAAUACUAGUGUCGACUUCUAUCAAAAAUACAUUGAUUGAUUCUGUAUAUAGAGAGCUCGUAUGCGGCAGAUACACAAGUGAGAAAACACUACCAACAAAGAGCUAGUAGCGACAUUUCCAUACCCUCGUUUGUAACUAUCCUUAGUCGCGGACCUUAAACCUUGAGCCUUAAUCUAUUAUGCAUGUAGUAGAUAUUAAGUAAACUAGUAUUUCUCCCGACUCCCUAGUUCGAUUCACAAUUUCGUUACAUUUCUCCAGACUGACAACUACCUGUAGUAUUCUUGUUCACGGCUAAGCCUAGGUAAGAUAUCGCAGAAAAUUAUAGCUCUUCACUAGUCGUAUAACAUCAAAAGAUCAUCAUCACAACGACGUUGCUGAUCUAUCUGACAGACAUCUAUCCCCAUCAAGGUCGAGACCCUGAAAUCGCCUACAACCACCUAAAGUAGUCAUCAACGAAGAAGAAAAUGGAUGUUUCCCUGCAAUCGUUUUUCCGAGAGCAGCAUGCUCGUGAGGGCAACGCUCACUGCUUCGAGUGUGGUGCUUUGGACUCCAGUUGGGCGUCGGUCACCUUUGGUAUAUACCUCUGCCACGUCUGCAGUGGAAAGCACCGAAGCCUGGGGAGUCACGUCUCGUUUAUUUUACGGCAGGUAACUUUAGCUGUGAUGAAACUCAAACUCCAUCAAUUGAUGAGUCAAGCAGUCGGUGAAUUGUGAUGAUUAAUCAAUCAGGCAUUCAUCGUCAUGUUUGUAAAAUAUUUGAUCCUUAUGAUCAAAUAACUGAAUCCGAUGCCCUCUUCCAUUCCUUAUCUCUAAUCCUUCGUUCCUGCACUAUGGACAAGUGGAGAAGCGAGCAUUUGGAAGCCAUGAAAUGCACUGGCGGCAAUGCCUUGCUAGAACGCUUCUUACAGCAGAAUGCAGGUCCAGACUGGCGAUUGAAAUGGAGGAAUUUGCCUUUGGGAGAAAGGCAUUUCUAUAUAUGAGAUGGAAUUUCAUGUCCUUGUGCUUUGUUUCGGGAGACAAGAGUGAUUUCUAUUUGGUGAAUUUGAUGUAAAUGUUGUGCUUUAUUUGGGAAAGAUGUAUUUCUAUUUGUUGAAUUUACUGCCGAGUACAACAUGUUGAAAAUGGAAGAUACCUGUAUGAUCCAUCGAAUCAAUUACGCUCCUGGGUAUAAUCGCGAAGAACGGAUCAAUUUCAGUAGAAAUAAUUGUGGUUAAUUUCGAUUUCCAAUACCGACUGUGCUGUGGAUAGUACUUCCAUUCCCAAAACGUCUACAGGUACCAACAGCCUCUACUUUUGCAGUUUAAAGACCAGGUGAUUGCAGCGGUACAGUCAAACGCAUGCGCGUCAUCUUCCAGUGAUGGUGGCUCUACGCGCUCCUCCUCUUCAACCUCACAAAGUCUCGUCCACACUAAGAUAGUAGCAAAUGGCCACGACAAGAACAUUCCUUCAGAGACGUCCUCGUGUUCCUCUUCUUCUACUAGUUGUACUACUUCUACUAGUGCAAAUUAUGGGGUCGUGCCGUCGACAUCAGCAGUGAGUACAACGAAAUCCUGUACCACGGAGGCAGUGGACAUCUGGUCAGAUAAGCUGUGGAGCAUGUGGGAUGAUGACUUCUGGGAGACACCGACGUGACAAGAUCCCCCAAAAAUCAUCUUCUUUGGAAGAACAUCGUGAUAACAAGGAAGGUGUUGAAUAAGUAGUAUUUUUUGUAAUAGUACCGGUGUUCCAACAAAUAAUCAGCUGUUCCUUUGCGUAAUUAAUACAGUUGUUGCGAAGAUUCCCUCUACUGCCUGGAGGCCUAGGAUAAUGAAAUCCAUCCUCGUGGAUUUCUCUUUGAAACGACUCACAUUGGAUGAUGUUACGCACCUGAAGAAGUAGUCAAGAUAUUCGUGAAGCAGGGACUUCGUCACAGCGGACCGGACCCUUGCUCAAAGGUUGUUCAUGGUUUUUUUUGUUCAUUUUUUCCUUUUUCAAUGGGGCUUAUCAAUGGAAUUACCUGGUGCAAAAUGG